AGUUUCAAGCCCGCUGCUGCUGAUAUUACCGUGUGUUGUCGCCAUGUCCACUCCUGUGGCCUUUGCAUCACUGCCCACUGUGGGAACUGGAGUGCAUGCAGACCAGUCCGUUGCCAACGUUCAAGCGAAACAUGGCUUCGGCAUUGGGGAGUCCACAGGGGUUCCCGUGACUGUCACUUCAAUGAUGGCAGUGCUUGUGGCAGCUCGUGGCCGUGCACGUCGGUCACGCAUUCCACGUUUCGAAAGUCGGCCCUCUGCGGUGCUGACCAGUUCACCACCAGAGACCUACCAAGAGCUGGUGCAGGCAUCCAUCAAAAUGAAGAAUGAGAGCUGGCAGAAGACUCUUCACGCCGCUGUGAUGGGUGGUUCUUACGUUGGUAUGGCUUGCCUGCUUUCAUUUGUUCUGGGUGGCAACAUGUUCAGCAGCUACAUCACGCAGAUGGUGGUCUUUGCAGCCUUGUUUCCAGUGAACCUACUGCUGAUCCUGCAAUCAGGUGGCCAGCUAUUUUCACAAAAUUCGGCCACCAUGGCUAUGGGCGUGCUGGAGAAAAAGGUCACAAUGAAGGAUCUUCUCCGCAACUGGACCAUUGCUUAUGCUGGAAACAUGCUGGGAUGUCUCCUCAUCAGUCUGGUGGCCAAUUACACGGGCAUCCUUACAGGAGGUGGAAGUGAUAUGAUCGUCGCAACAGUCAUGAAGAAAUGUUCCGCGGACUUUGGGCCCACGUUGGUCAAGGGCGUGAUGUGCAACUGGUUGAUCUGCCUGGCAGUGUGGCUGUGUACCAUGGCUAGGGGCCUGGGCGGGAAGAUGAUUGGGGCCUGGUUCCCCAUCUCCAUGUUCGUCGCCAUCGGCUUCGAACACUCCGUCACUAACAUGUUCAUCCUGCCCGCUGGCCUCCUGGCAGGCGCUCCCGUAUCCUUCUUGGACGUUCUGCUUAAGAACCUGAUCCCAGUCACCAUCGGCAACGCAAUAGCCGGAGCUUUGGUGGUUGCUGUGAGCAUGUCGUUUUCGUUCGGGCGCCUUGGAAAGGAGAGAAACUAGAAUUUUCAUAAGUUUAAGGUCGAGGGUCCCUUCAGUGGAAAACAACGAGUCUUGCAGAGGAUGAGGAUAUGCUUGAUGCUUACAGGGUAUUCGGGUAUUCGUGACGGAACUUGUGUUUCUGGAAGUGGGUCUGGUAGAUAUGGCAAGGAGAACUCUGAAUUGGGAUCGUCGAAGGUAAGUUUCCAAAGUGGUGGUGCCUUUGAAUCACCGUCUUUGGCCUGGCUUGGCCAAGCCUCCCUCGCAAGCUCGCUGACGGAUUCUGAGG